GGAACUAUUUGUUUGGCUGGAGCCUUACUAUUGUGGGCAGGGUUUUUGUUUGCCUAAAGUAUAAGACCAUGGCUGAGCACGACGAGGACGACACAGCGAGCUAGCCUCCUUCCAAUACUCUUAACGACCUAGACAUACCCAGCAUACCCAUAUUCAAGUUUUACAUACCCCACGACCAUCAUGUCCCGCCCACGAUCCUCGACAGUUUCCUCGUUCACCGCCAGCAUCGUCACCUGGGCAUCGGCAGUGCACCCAGGUUCACCGGCGCCUCUCUCGCCUCAGAGCGCCAAUGCUGGCACAUUUCCCGAUACCCCUGCAACGGCCAAAUCGGUCUACACCCCGACGUCUGCCCACUACGCCAAAUUCGAUCUGACGAAUCUCGGAUAUACAUCCGUGUUCGUGCACCUGCCCAAAACGCCGUCUACGCCACCCCACCUUAACAAUAAGCCUCCGCUUUCUAAUCACGCCCGUAACAAUAAGCAACACAAUAAGCCCGAUAAUCACAAUUACCCCUCUUCCCAUAAAGACGAUACCGAUAAUGUCUCUUCUCACCAGGCGAAGAAAAAUCCCUUCUCACUCCUCUCUCGUUCUCGUCCACGCUCUAGAUCCAUGUCUUUCCCGGCAAAGUCGAAAAAACACGCGCAGCAGCUGCCCCCGACGCUCAUGAACGAGCUCAUGCUCAUGCAGUUCACCAGUGGUGGGAAGAUGAGCACACACAUCACCCGUGUCAUGGACGCCCAGACCAAGCAGCAGGGUAACCUUCCUGUUGGUACUCGUGCUGACGUCUACCGUGACGGUACCGGCCGCGUCUGGUGGGACCGUGAUGAGCAGAUGGAGUACCAAUGGCUCCUUCAGAAGGACGACCUUGAUUCCUCUGACUCCUCUGACUCCGAAGGAGAGCAGGCACCCUCCCAGUGGGUCAAAUUCCGGGGCGAGUCGCUUGAUAUCGCUCAGAAGGAAGAAACGUCCUACUCCGCUUAACCUCGCCAGGAAGGAGUUCCUCGAGCAGUCUUUCGUGCCGCCGAGCGCGCCUCUCCCUCCCAUUCCCGUUUCGGUUCCUCGUCCUAUCCCAUCUACUCAUGCC